AUGAAACAAAACAUAUUUUUAACAACAUUUUUGCUCCAAAUGACCCGCGUGUUAUAUUGCAAAGAGGACAUAGACAAAAUUGAUGUUGUGGAUAUGACCAAGCCGACUACUUGGAGAGACUUGGCCAUGUAUUAUGGUGCUAUGGAAAAGCAUUGGAAAGUGUGCAUCAACUGCGGAGCACCAGAUCUGGGUACAGGCAUACACCUGGAACAUUCUGGAAGUACGGGAUCCAUGCACCCGGCCGUUAUACCCUCGGAGUACUUGUUGAGUCGAUUAUCAAUAGUCGACGUGAGCACAUUGACUACCCUCAACCCAUCAGUAGUUCUAACCCUCGACGUGGCGUUACAAUGGGCAGCAUUGAAGCACGAUCCUAAGGAACCCACGUUACUACUCUUUAGAUUCGGCUGGACGGAUGAAGAUAAUAAUCAGGUCAAUGUUAAUGCCUGUGUGUGUAAGGUGCCUGGUCUUAGCUACGAACUUGCAGAAUGGAUUGCAGCGAAUUUGAGCCAUGUGGUAGGGGUCGCCACAGACACGCCAACCUUCGAGUCGGAGCAGACCAGAGAAUUCGCUAGUAGAACUGUCUCCAAUGUGCUGGGUAGAAGUGGAAUAUACAUGAUUGAGAAUGUCCAUUUUAGAAGGAAGAUGCCUGAACAAGGCUGCAUGGCUCUAGCAAUGCCUCUAAAGCUCUUGAACGCAGCUUACGUACCAACCCGGCUCACAGCUUUCUGCCCAUCAUCGAAGACUGACCUUCACGUGGUAAUGGCUUUGCGACAAGAAGUCCAAGCGCAGACGCGGCUACCCAACAGUAGAGUUUACGAUGUCAAUUUAGAUGAGAUAUUGAGUUAG